AUGCAGCAGGUCCACCGCGAUCGCACGGUCCGAUUUCACCCUAUGAUCACUCUCUCGCCGAGCGUAUACGGGGCGAUCAAAGUUCGGGUCACCUACAGCCCAGGACCGAACUAUACCGACAACGUCUGUGAUGUGGACUUCUCGUCCUCAGUACCCUUCCGCGAAUACUUGGCCUCUUCAACGCCCGUCGCCGGUAUGGACAGUGCAGCCGCCUUCAGAUUUCUUCAGAGCGAAUGGGCGGUGGUCGGAGCCAUCACCGUCACCACCUACGACUACUUGCUCAUAUUCGACCGCGAGGUUCGGUAUGUCUGGAGGAAGAAGUUCACAAGUGCAGGCGCGAUCUAUAUCGCCAUACGUUACUCCUGUUUAGCCUCCAACAUCCUCACCCUCCUCAAUUUCUUUUACUGGCCGGGGAAAUCAACACCAACGACUCUGACCCCCUUGUCCUGGCAGAAGUGUAACGGGAUCACAGUGGCUUUUUCUGUUUUGGGGGGCAUCAUGCUCAUGGCCGCCGCGGUGUUCUCGUCGUUGCGAUCGUACGCGUUGUGCCAACACAAACGCGUGGCCUUCCUCGUUUUAGUGCUCGGGUCUUCAAACGCCUUUCCCUCGAUUUAUGCAGCGAUCAAGAACAAGGCCACCUACGACCCAGGACCCUUUGGGGUUAACGUCAUUUGCACCGUGGAUUUCUCGCAAUUUCUAUCCUUCCGCAACACGACGGUGCUCUUGACCACCCGCUUCAUCCUCAACCUAUUCGAAGCGAGCGAUCCCGCUACAUACGCCACGACUGUGAACAGUUUAUCGCCGUCGCGCGCAGUCGCGUUCCGCACCGCCGGCGGCGUCAGCACGACCAGUCCUUCUCAGGCGGUUUUCGCCGCGGAUGUCACCUGGCGCGGUGCAGAGGAGAGCGAAAGCGUCUGCAGCAACAAGGACGGCUACGGCUACGAGCUGCAGGUGAACCCGGGCCGGAGGGAGUAA